AUGAGUUACAUCAAUCUGCCCACGGUGCUGCCCGUCUCCCCCAGCAAGACCUGGAGGCAGAUCCAGGUAAUCCUUGGGCCCAUGUUUUCAGGAAAAAGCACGGAGCUGAUGAGACGCGUCCGGUGCUUCCAGAUCGCCCAGAAUAAAUGUCUGGUCAUCAAGUAUGCCAAAGACACGCACUACAGCAGCAACUUCUGUACGCAUGACCGGAACUCCAUGGACGCACUGCCGGCCUGCCGGCUCCAGGAUGUGGCCCAGGAGGCCCUGGGUGUAUCUGUCAUUGGCAUCAACGAAGGGCAGUUUUUCCCUCACAUCCUGGAAUUCUGUGAACUGAUAGUCAAUGCAGGCAAGACAGUGGCAGCACUAGAUGGAACCUUCCAGAGAAAGGCUUUCAGCAGCAUCUUGAACCUGGUGCCCCUGGCCGGGAGCAUGAUGAAGCUGACUGCGGUGUAUAUGAAGUGCUUCCGAGAAGCUGCCUACACCAAGAGGCUGGGCAUGGAGAAGGAGGUGAAGGUGAUAGGCGGAGCAGACAAGUACCACUCCGUGUGCCGCCCGCGCUACUUUAAGAAGUCCCCCAUACCGCUGGCCGGGCCGGACAACAAAGAGAACUUCCCGGUGCUGGGACAGCCUGGAGAGGCCUCAGUUGUCAGGAAGCUCUUUGCCCCACACCAAGUCCUACAGCACAACUUUGCCAAUUGA